ACACAAUAUCUAAACAUGAAGUUCCUCAUUGUCUUCGUCGCCCUCUUCGCCCUGGCCCUGGCAGCGCCACCACAGAGUGAUGUCCAAAUUGUGCGUCAGGACUCAGAUGUUCAGCCUGACAGCUACAAAUUUAGUGUUGAGACAUCCGAUGGCACCAGCAAAAACGAAGAGGGUCUGCUGAAGAACGCUGGCACAGAACAAGAGGCUAUUUCCGUUAAGGGCUCAUUCUCCUUCGUUGCCGAUGAUGGUCAGACCUACCUGGUCAACUACGUCGCCGACGAGAACGGUUUCCAGCCCGAGGGCGCUCAUCUGCCCGUCGCCCCCGUUGCCUAA